AUGCACUCGCCCAAUGGACUGUCGGGGAGCUUGAGUCAAGCCCGCGAGUCCUUCCCCGUGCAGGGGAAAUCGCAGGGACGCAUGGUUUUCGAAGAUGCGACGGGACUGGCGCCAGAUGAGCUGACCUCCGUCUGCCCUGGGCAAUGCACGCCGUGCCUUCUCCUCCUCCUCCUCCGCCUCCUCCUCCUCCUCCCCAACCUCAUCAGAAUCGGAUGCCACCAGGCUGCGCAAAAAUCGAAUUUGGAUGCGGUCGCCAGCUCCAAGGUCCGUUGCUCCAAGGAGAAACCGACCUGCUCCCGCUGUCGCCGCCGCGGGACUGUCUGUGAGUACUUCGCCAUCAAACGACCGGGCCGCAAACCGGAGAGUCGCGCUGAGGGGGGCGACAGCGGUGGGCGGCAGCCGCAGCAGCAACAGCUGCAGCUGCAGCUGCCGCUGCCUGCCCUCGACGCGUCGCGCAGCCUCCCGUCUCCCGAACAGUCCUCGACCCCCACGCCCGUCGCCACCACCCCCGUCAUCCAUGGCUACCCUCCGCCGGAUGCCGCGGGCAUCGGGCCCAGCCUCUCCCCCCGGGGCCUGUCGUCCGAGCUCUUCGACGGAACACCCACCCUCCAUCCGGCCUGCUGGACGUCGUCCACGGAUGACUGGACCUUAUCCACUGCACUGACCACCUGGUGCCCCGACAAUUGGGACGAUUUCUUCUCCAUCCCAGUGCUCACCGAUCCGCCCGACGCUGGUGGUGGUGGCGGCGGGGACGGCUUGGGCGCGAUGGCCCCGGACCUCUUCGUGGACGGGAGACCCGCCAUGGAGCAGACCUCCGUCGGCGGGAUGCAGGAGGAUACGAUCUACCUCUUUGGCCCGACCGCUGCCGCCGACCCCUGCGCCGGGACUGCCUCCCUUCCUCGCGCUCCGAUCCCGAGGGGCGGUGGGGCGACGCCCGCGGAGGAGCAUCCCCGUGGCGCGGCCACCUGCCAGUGCCUGCUCGACGCCCUCGAGCUCCUGAAGCGCUUCGUGGCCGAGGAAGCCGCCGCUGCGCAUGGCGGGAUGGACCUCGACGCCACGGUGACGGGGAACAGUCACGCGACCACCGUGAUGACCGAGAUCCUGCACUGCCCAUGCUCGCAGCGCGACGGCUACCUUCUCAUCCUGCUGGCUCUCGUCGUUUGGAAGGUCCUGGACCGGUAUGCCGCGGUAGCACUGCCCCAGAGCCGCAGGAGCAGCAGCAGCAGCAGCAGCAGCAGGAGCAGCAGUAGCAACAGCAGUAGCCACAGCAGUAGCCACAGCGAAGAGACUCCGCCGCCGCUGCUCGCCGGGCAGCGGGUCCUGGGAGAAUUGCAUGGGAUCCAGCGCGUAAUGAACCAGCUCCGCCCGCGGCUCUCGACGUACCAGGGUGGCGGCCAGGCGAGCGCAGGUCUGUGGCCGCAUCUUCUGCCGACGGGGCCGGAUGCCUUACCACCACCACCAUCACCACCACCACCACCCCCCGUGGCAGGCUCGUUGGAGCCGGAGCUGCACCGGCGCCUCAGUCAUCUCUCCGCGGAAAUCAUCCAGUUCUUACGUCAGGCCGACUAA